UACCCUUCUCUCUCCCCUCUGUGUUAGGCACGUUUGACAAACUCUGCAUUUGUUUGGUUAAGCUUAGUGCUUCUGUAUGAGAGUUCAUAUAUAAGAGGGGAGGAAAUAAGAACAAGCUUGUUGGUUUGUUUGUUCUUUUAGAACUCUAGUGCUUGGGUAAAAAUAUUUCUUAGCUUCUAACUCCAAUAUUUUUCCUAUUAUUAAUUGCUUCUUCAUCUUCUACUUCUUUUGUUUCCUUUUCUUUUUCCCUUUCUUACCACAUUUCUAGUCCAUAUGUCCACUCUGCUAUGUGAAGGAAAGAAAGUCCUGAAAAUGCAAAUCUCUGCUUGGCAGAAAUAGACUACUUGGAUUCAAAUUAUUAGUUAAACCUGAAAAACAAAUCAUGGCGUUAGAGACUGUGGUUUACCCUCAAGAACAACUUGACUAUUUUUAUAAUAAAGAGUUUUAUGCAUCAAGUAGUUCAUUUCCUCAUAGUAUAAGUAAUUGGGAGUCUUCAUCUUGUAUUCCAAUGAUGCAAAAUCAAGAGAAAGAAUACUAUUUGGAUAUUUCAAAUUCUUCACCAGAAGCUGCAGCAGCUUGCAAUAUUGUUGAGGAGAAUCAGCUGUUUUUGGAGGCAGCAGACACUUCAGGAGGCAGGAGGAAAAGAAGACGGACGGCUAGAGGUAGCAAUAAGAACAGGGAAGAAUUGGAAAACCAGAGAAUGAUACAUAUUGCGGUGGAGCGCAAUCGUCGCAAGCAGAUGAAUGAAUAUCUUACUGUUCUUCGAUCUUUGAUGCCAUCUUCCUACGUUCAAAGGGCUGACCAAGCAUCAAUAAUUGGAGGAGCCAUAAACUUUGUGAAAGAGCUAGAACAGCAUCUUCAAACGCUAGAAGUUCAAAAGAGAAGCAGUACUCAUGACCAACUACCCGAAAAUGGCAUAUCAUCAUUACCACUUUUUGCUGAUUUCUUCUCCUUCCCACAGUACUCAACAACACAUUCAAAUCAUGUCAGCAGUUCACCGGCAGCUGCAACAAACUCAAGCGAACUGGCGGCCAAUAAUAGAUCAGUGAUGGCUGACAUAGAAGUGAACCUAGUGGACAGCCAUGCCAAUCUCAAAAUACUAUCAAAGAGAAGGCCAAAACAACUCCUGAAGAUACUAGCUGGACUUCAGUGUCUGUCGCUCACUAUUCUUCACCUUAAUGUCAUUACUGUCGACCAAAUGGUUCUUUACACCCUUAGUGCUAAGGUAGAGGAAGGGUGCCAACUAACUACAGUAGAGGAAAUUGCUCAAGCUGUUAAUCAAUUGCUGGCUGGAAUCCAAGAGGAGGCUGCUUCAAGAUGAAAAGAAAAUCCCUUAGCUUAGUUUAAUUUACUGGGACAAAUCUUUCCCAAAAUGUUCUCUCUUGUUUAUUUCUCUAUUAAAUUUUCUUCCUUUGAUUA